AGUGCAAUACCAAUAAGCAAUAUACCAUACUAGGAAACUAUACAAAAGCUAAACAAUUCCAAUCAUAAUGGCAGGUACUUUAAGACCAGAUAGAGAAUUACAAAGAUUCAAUGCAGCCAAAGAAAACUUUGGGAACUAUUUCAGAUUCAAACCAAGAUCUGCAUUCUUUAAUAUAAUAGCCAUGGGAAUUGUACCAUUUGGAUUAGCAUACAUAGCAUACGGUAAUGAUGGUCAAUUAUCAUUAUAUAGAAGGUUUAGAACUGAAAAUGUUUUGGGAGCUGAAGAUUAUGUUCCUAGAGAUAAAGAUUUCAUUAAUCAAUUAAACAUGUACCAUAUAGAUUUAUUAGAAUAUGAUAAUAAACAUAUUCUUUAA